AACCUGCACCAAAAAUCAAUACAGAGAGAGAGAGAGAGAGAGAGAGAGAGAGAGAGAGAGAGAGAGUUGUGAAAUCGAGUCACUCUGCUUCUCUCUCUCCUCGUCACCAGUUCUCUUCAGUCAUUGCGGUUGCUGUGUUCCCAGGGACGAUGCCUCGCCUGCGUGGCCCAGGGGCGCCACCGCGUGUGACGGUGGCGGUGGCGGUGGUGGUAGUGGUGAUGGCGGUGGUAGUGCAGGGUGCGGCAGGGCAGGACGCAACAUUCCCCUCCCUGACGGACGCCAUGCUCCCUCCUGACGAAGGCCCCGAGGGAAGUGUAGCUGGGGUUUCCUUAGGUCCUGGCCACUCCCUGCUGUGCUCCCCGCCUCUUGAUCCCCUGGAGGUGACGCAGCAGCCGCCCACCACCCUCUGUGCCUUCGUCAGGGUAAAUGUGACGCGCCAGGCCGCCCGCCUCCUCACCCUCACCUUCCCGACCUCCACCCUUACUGUAGAGAUCGACCACCUGGGGGUGUGGCUGGGCGUGGCGGGGGACGGCGCCGCCCCGCCCGCCGUGUUCUUCUUCGAAGCAAGGUUUCCCCCGGGAGUGUGGCGCCACCUGUGUCUGCAGCACCGCCCCGCCCCGCCACAGGCCAAGUGUGUGGUGGACGGCGCCCGCGAACCGCCCUCCACCAUGUCCGUGGAGGAUGACCAGGGGGCGCUGGCAAGCCGCCGCUGGAGUGAUGCAGGCGGCAACGGCGGCGGCCAGCUGUGUGUGGGCGGCGGCGAGGUGGAGGCAGACGUGGCGGGCGUGGCGCUGUGGUUCCAGCUGCUGCAGGAGGACGUGCUGGCGGGGACCUCUGGGUGUGAGACGCCCUGGCGCGGGGGAGCACCCCGCAUGUCCCUGGGCUCCUGGUGGCUGCCCAAGGGCGGUGCCGCGCCCGCCACCUUUCCCCUGCGGCAGGUGUGCGGUGCGGCGCCGCGCCUCGUGUUGGUGCGACCCGCCGGCACAUUCCGCGGCCACGGCGUGGUGUGCGCCGCCCUGGGCGGAGCCGUGCCCUCCGCCGCCGUGCUGGCGCCCGCCCUCGCCACCACGCUAGCAAGCCACAACGAGUCGUGCCGGGGUCCCGCGGGGCUGCUCUCCUGGGUGGGCGGCAGCCCCGUAGGCGGCACGGCGGCAGAGGAGACCUGCCCCGCCCUGACGGCGGGCGGCGCGGCGCAGGCGGCGUGCGUGCGCCAGCUGCCGUGCUCGGUGUGCACCGUGCCGCACGCCGCGCUGUACCGCCUGUACGGCCACGACGGCAGCCUCUUCGACCACACUUUCUUCCUGCAGGCGGAGGGCGGCCGCCUCGCCUUCCGCGGCGCCGGCGGGUCGCGGCUGGAGCGGGAUGGCGAUGGCUGGCGCCUGGUGUCGGAGCUGCACGGGCGCCGCUGGACACUGGCUGAUGCGCCCGUGCCGGUGGGGCGCCGUCUGUGGACGGAGGGCGCCGCGCAGACGGUGCUGGCGCUGACCGUGUGCCGCAGCGGACAGUUCUGCUGCAGCGACGGCCAGUGCGUGGCGCAGACGGCGCGCUGCGACGACAUCGUUCACUGCCGCGACCGCUCUGACGAGGCGGACUGCAGCGUGGUGGUGCGGCCCCAGGGAUACGACCCCUACUACCCCCCGCCGCCGCGCCCGGGGGAGGAGCCGCCCCUGGACCUGCUGUACCACGUGGACGUGUACAGCCUGGACGACAUCACCACGGAGGGCGGCUCCGCCACCAUGAACGUGGGCAUGACGCUCAUGUGGCACGACCCGCGCAUCAAGUUCCUGAAUCUCAAGUCAGGCGUCAAGAACUACUUCCCCUGCAACCUGGUGUGGACGCCCAGCGUGCGCGCCGUGUCUGGCCACGGGGAGGGCACCGUGCUGCAGACUGACGACUACGAGAAAUUCUGCUUCGCGCACGCCAACGACGAGAAGGAGCAGCGCCCGCUCUCCGACGCCUUCAUGAGCCACCAGGCGGACGGCGCCACGCACGCCAUCCAGAACUACGUGGGCGUGCUGGCCUCCACGCCCUGUCACUUCCAACUGGAGCGCUACCCGUUCGACACCCAGAAAUGCAACAUCUCCUUCAUGCUGAUGAACGCGCCCUGGACCCGCGUGUUCCGCAAGACCACGCCCGGCGCCAGCGUAGAAUACUUCGACACGCGGCGCGUGCUGCUGGAGUACGAGCUGCACGCCCUCACCACGGAGGUGAGCGCCUUCCUGCAGGGCACAGACAACAACACCUACUUCGCCCUCACCUUCCACCUGCAGCGCCUCUACGGCUACCACGUCACCAACAGCUACUUCCCCUCGCUGCUCAUGUUCUUCAUCUCCUGGGCCACCUUCUUCUUCCAGGUUGAUGACUUCACAAACCGCAUCAUGAUCGCUCUGACGGCACAGCUGGUGUUGGCGGCGCUGUUCACCUCCACCACACAGUCCUCCGUCAGGACGCCCUACCUCAAGCUGAUUGACGUGUGGUACGCCGCCGUCAUCACCUUCUGCUUCGUCAUCGUCAUCUCCCAGACAGUCAUCAAUGUGGUGCUGCACGCCUCGUCCGUUCCCCGCGCCGCCCUCCUGCUGGUGGGGCUCAGGGGCGCGGCGCUACAGAAGGGAAAGGAAAUCGUCUCUCCCAAGGGCCUGCCGCGGGGGCCUGAGGGGGGGCUGCAGAUGGCGGCAGCACAGCGCUACAACAGAGUGCUGCGUGUUGCUGUGAUGGUUGUCGCGGUGCUGUUCGUGGGCAGUUACAGUUUGAUGGCUCUCGGUGCUAUCUGA